AUGCCGCCCCCAAAAGAGUAUUUCAAGUUUAAAAUUACAACAGAAUUUGGCAGCACGUAUCCUCCCGAAGACCAGAAGACAGGUAAUGAGGAUGAUAAUUUAUUUCCUCAUGGGCGUGUCUGUUUUAACACGAGCCGCGUACCAGGGAUCAGACAGAUUCUAGACUCUCUUGUCUUCUGCGCUCCCUUCAAUCCCAAAAUGGAAUUUUGUCGGCUCAGCUUCCUGCUCCUCGUUGUCCUGGUCCCUGGUGGCAGUGGGCAGCUGAAUGUAUGUGGCAUAGCAGAAAACAACCCCAGGAUCGUUGGCGGCGACUCGGCACCCGAGGGGGCGUGGCCCUGGCAGGGGAGCUUGCACAGAAAUGGCUUCCACACGUGCGGAGCGUCACUGAUCAACGACCAAUGGGUGCUGUGCGCCGCUCACUGCUUCCCGACCUCGGUCAUCAGCAACCUGCUGAUCUACAUGGGCCGCCAGAACCAGGAGGGCAGCAACGCCAACGAGCAGGUGCGUAGGGUGGCGCAGCUCAUCGUCCACGAAGACUACAACCCUGAUAACAACGACAACGACAUCGCCCUGCUGCGACUCUCCUCGCCCGUCGUGUUCAACACCUUCAUCCGGCCCGUGUGCCUCGCCACUCCCGGCAGCAACGUCCCAGCCGGAACCGAUUCCUGGGUCACCGGAUGGGGCACUAUCGGAACUGCUGUUCCACUUCCGUCGCCACAGACGCUACAGGAAGUGACCGUUCCAGUGAUAUCCAACAGCGACUGCAAUGAUGUCUACGGUAUCAUCACCAGCAACAUGAUCUGUGCCGGAAUCCCAGAGGGGGGGCGGGACUCGUGCCAGGGGGAUUCAGGCGGUCCGCUGGUGAGCAAAAAUGAUACUAGGUGGAUCCAACUUGGCGUGGUGAGCUUUGGACGUGGAUGCGCUUUGCCCGACUUUCCGGGAGUCUACGCCCGAGUGUCCCAGUACCAGAUCUGGAUCAUGGAUCGCAUCAGCGGCGACAUGCCGGGCUUCGUUGACUUUGUGCCCGGCACAACCACCACAGGUGGCGGUGUGGCGGGCUUCCCCUCGGCUCCUCUGCUGCUCGCUCUUCUGCUGUCGAGCUUCACCGCCUUGCUGCUCAUGUGAUGAGGAGCAUCAACAUCAAGUGAACAGAUUCAAACCAAAUCAAAAUUUGGUGGCCUAAAGUUACCUUAUAGAAAGCUAAACAUCGUUCAUUUAAAUUAAAGUAAUUGUCCAAUGAAGAAUUAAUUCAGUUUUUUUAAUCUGUUAGGUUUUCUCGAGUAUUGUUGAAUUGAUCCUUCAUUGAAGACCAAAAUAUGCAUAAUUUGCUUUCGUAUUUAACUUCUUGAUUUUAUAUGCCGAAAGGUUCAAAAUGUUUGCACUGAUGAUAAAUGUAAGUAGUCAGAAAGCUCAGCUAAGCAAAGUUACUUUUCUUUGUCACACUUUCGCCUCAUGCAAAGAUUUGCACUGAUUGACAUUUACAUGUGAAGUGGUCAAUUUGAAUUGAAGUACGGUCAUGGAUAUUGUCUGGGGUCUGUUCUGGGGUCAGUCUGGGGUCUGUUAUCUUGCAGUCUAAUCUUUUAAUGUAUUAAAGCUUUUUUUAUGGUUAUACCGCAAUGUCAAAUAAUAUUUGUAUUACUGCACUUUGGGUUGUUACUUUCUAAGUAAAUGCUGUUGACCACAACAUUAGGUGUUGUUGUUGUUUUAUGGUGGCUGAGUAGCAAGAAUGAAAAUGAGAACAAACGAUUAAAAGUCGCCACAAAAUGCU